GAUUAUGGAUGUUUAGUAUCGACGUUGUUGCUGGCGUGUUGUCGCACGCUCCAGCAUCCGAUUGCAGGGUGUGAUAAUUGCGCCCGAGAGUGCGACGUGAGAGUAUCCUACUGUUUUGUGCGAGAUAAUGAACGGAAUCGAGAGACGGCAGUCGAGACCGAUCGACGACGCGCGAUCAUGCGUCCGCCUCGCUACCACGCUGCGUUAGCGUCCCUCGUCGUCGUUAAUCAUGGUCCUGCGUGACCGCGAUUUACCAGAACACCAGCAACAUGCCGUGCGACGAUCGUUCGGGAAGGACGCGUGCACGUGUCGCAGCGAUAGCGACCACAACGUUGUUCCUGUUCACGUUGAAUUUCAAGUGCAUAGAUACCGAGAAUUUGGGACUGGACAACGUUUGCAUAUUGAAAGACCUUCAUCCUCUUCUUAUCGUCACCUAUAAAUAUCUUACUAUGUCUAUACACACAAUUCGUGUACCUCACAAUGAACGACUGAUGGUGAGAUGUCGAGAGAUAGGUAAAUACAAGUUUAUUGGUGAUUCCUUGUUGAACUGCCGCAAUGGCACGUGGGAUGGAAAGACACCUAGUUGCGUGUCUACCACGGCAAUCUCCAAUUAUACCGAAGAUGUACCACCAACUAUCGAUUUCGGUCUACCUACUGGUUCGGCCGUAGUAGAGCCGACCGGUGCACUCGCCGUUUACCCAGGAAGUAUCCUUCAUCUGGAGUGUCUCUUUGCUAGGAAGUUGGGCAAUCCCGAAUGGACAUGGACCUCAACGUUCCGUCGAUAUCUGACAGGAUGGGCGAUCGCUGCACGGGAAAGGGAUUUGAAGUAUCGCCUCUCGAUAUAUUAUGCCAAACCGCCGGAUUCCGGAAUAUAUACGUGCACCACACCGAAAGGAUUGAACAAUUCUAUACAAGUUCGUGUUGUAGAUGUUCAAUGUCCGGUAUUAAAUGUCCCGGAGCCGCCGUUAAUUAGUCGCAUCGGAGGCAGCCGAAUGGGAAAUAGUGCUAUUUUCGAGUGUCCAGUAGGCUACAGAUUAGAAGGUGCUUCCAGAAUCACGUGCCAGUAUAACGGCAAAUGGUCGACGGAGAUGCCGCAUUGCGAGAAGAUCAAAUGCUCGGAGAUAAUUAUCAGAAAUAAUGCAUUGUUGGUAUUAAACGAGCACAAUAGCACGUAUGGCGAGAAAGCUAUCUUCACCUGCAUGUGGGGAUACAAACUUUUGGGCUCGCAGAGUAUGACGUGCGAAGGGGACGGCAAGUGGAACGGAUCUAUGCCGACUUGUCAAAAGAUCAUUUGUCCUGUACCGGAAACGCCACAAAGUGGACGCAUCGUAGAGCAACCGCGAUAUACUAACAAGAAACAGCCGAAUCAUGGCCGAACAUACAAAGUCGGCGCCUUAGUGAGAUUUGCCUGUCAACCAGGCCAUCAAUUGAUAGGAGAAGCGGUUAUCAUAUGCACCGAAAACGGUACUUGGUCUCACGAUCCACCUGUAUGUAAGGUAAGGUGUCCUUAUCCAGGUGAUCCACCUCAUGGUCGAAUUGCACCUCUCAAGUUUUGGUACAAACCAGGAGAUAACAUACAGGUAACAUGUUCGCCUGGCUAUGUGACUCCUCUGGAACCAGUGAAAAAACCAUCGUGUCGGGAAAAUGGCAUUUGGAGCGCACCACCGCCACCUUGUCGAUCUUACAAAGAGGUGUGAGAGCGAACACGAGUUCUCUCAUUUAAUUCUCAAGAAUCUCUCACGGACUACUGCGCCAUUUUAUCUUACAUGACAAAUUCGAUAUUUAUUAUACGGGUAGCAACGUGCAUCAAUAUACGAUAAGAGAAACAUUGAAAUAUGAAGCACUCAUUUUGUUUUGAAGUGUAGACUAAUUACUUAAAGUUAAUAAUAUUAUUGGACGAUGAAUAUAGUUACAGUUACAAUUUACCGAAUCGACAAAUAAUCACGAGUAGAUUACACUGAAAAGAGCAUUUUGCGUUAAACGUAGACUAUGGAACGACCACAGUAUUUUGUUAAUUCUCUUCCAAACGUACAACGAUUUUAAUAAAAUCCCCUUUUCUUAAUAUACUCUUAAUAAACAUUUUCCCACGAUCAUUUCUACUUAUUUUUAACACUGAAGCACGCCGUUUUCUUCGGAUACAGAAUAUAGAUGUUAA